UAUUGUUCACAUUUUGAACUAGAUAAUUCUUUGUUGCGUUUUGUAGAAUUUUGGCAGUAACUUUUGCUAUCGCUUGCUAGAUGUAGUAGAUACAUUCCUCCUCCCCCGUAGUUGUGACAGUCACCUUGUCGCCAAACCUCGUUUUCUGGGGAACAAAAAAAAAAUCCAUCCCGACUGAACAGAAGAAAGCUGACAUGCUUCGAGUCCCGAAAGUGUGAGAACCACGUUCCUAAUAGCGGAUGUCCAGCUCCAUAUUAAGUGCCUGAGCCUUUGGGAGGCGGAGCUUAUGUAGAUGAGCGACAGGUUUGGCUGGAAGAGGGCGGGUAUAUGCAGAUGAGGGGGCGGGUCUGCAUGUUGAUGAGCUGGGACAGAAGCUUGCAGCGGUCCCGCAGCGGUUCCAGCUGAAGUGGCAUCCGUCUUUCGCCACCCCUGUCCCUGGGUCUCUAUCCUCCGAAGACCGCCAUCGACUUCUGUCUUUAUCCUUACCCAUUUCCCGCUCCUAGUCCCUGUAUCAUAGCUCCUGGUAUCUGAAUACCACCACUCUUGUAGCCCCUCACUUUUCUUCCUUCCCGCCGCCAACCCGGCGACCUCCAGCAGUCCGCCCCCGCGGACCCGAGCCUGCUCGGAGGCUUCAGUUGCAGACUCCUCAGCCUUCCCGCUCUUCCAGCGAUCGCACCACUACCCCGGUGUCUGCCCUCGGACUUCCCCGCUCCCUCGGAGCCCCCUCCUCCGCCCUGGCCAGCCGGCAUGCAGGUGUCUAUCGCUUGUACCGAGCAGAACCUUCGCAGCCGGAGCAGUGAGGACCGUCUGUGUGGACCCCGGCCAGGCCCCGGGGGCGGUAAUGGAGGGCCGGUGGGCGCAGGGCACGGGAACCCUCCGAGGGGUGGAGGAUCGGGCCCCAAGGCACGAGCUGCAUUGGUCCCCCGACCCCCAGCACCCGCUGGGGCCCUUCGAGAGAGCACCGGCAGAGGCACUGGCAUGAAAUACAGGAACCUAGGAAAGUCUGGUCUCCGGGUAUCCUGUCUUGGUCUUGGUACCUGGGUCACAUUUGGCUCUCAGAUCUCAGAUGAGACAGCAGAGGAUAUACUGACAGUAGCCUAUGAGCAUGGCGUAAACCUGUUUGACACCGCUGAAGUGUACGCAGCAGGAAAGGCUGAAAGAACCCUAGGUAACAUCCUCAAGAGCAAAGGUUGGAGGAGAUCAAGCUAUGUUAUAACCACCAAGAUUUUUGGGGGAGGACAGGCAGAAACAGAACGAGGCUUGAGUCGCAAACACAUCAUUGAAGGCCUGCAAGGAUCCCUGGAACGCCUCCAACUGGGAUACGUGGACAUAGUCUUCGCCAAUCGUUCAGACCCUAACAGUCCUAUGGAGGAGAUUGUGCGAGCCAUGACCGAUGUCAUCAACCAGGGCCUGGCCCUAUACUGGGGGACAUCCAGAUGGAGUGCUGCAGAAAUCAUGGAGGCCUACUCCAUGGCCAGACAGUUCAAUCUGAUUCCUCCUGUGUGUGAACAAGCGGAGCACCACUUGUUUCAGAGGGAGAAGGUGGAGAUGCAGCUGCCUGAGCUCUACCACAAGAUUGGUGUUGGCUCAGUCACUUGGUCUCCUCUGGCCUGUGGUCUCAUUACUAGCAAGUAUGAUGGGCGAGUUCCAGAUACUUGCAAGACCACUAUCAAGGGGUACCAGUGGCUCAAAGAAAAAAUGCAGAGUGAGGAUGGCAAGAAACAACAAGCCAGAGUCAUGGAACUUCUCCCUAUUGCUCACCAGCUGGGCUGCACUGUGGCCCAACUUGCUAUAGCCUGGUGUCUCCACAAUGAGGGUGUCAGCUCAGUCUUACUGGGGGUGUCAAGUGCAGAGCAGCUAAUAGAACAUCUGGGCGCCCUACAGGUGCUGAGUCAGCUGACGCCGCAAAUGGUGAUGGAGAUAGAUGCACUCUUGGGAAACAAAUCACAUUCUAAGAAAUAGUCCGUUGAGCGCGCAGGAGCCCAACCUGGAGGGAUUACACCUGCCGGAGUACUGCUUCCCAGUCGGUGGAAUGCUGCCCCGCUCCCUUUGAUCUCCCCAAAACAUCCGAACCAGGGUAGCCCCGCCCACCAACGAGUCCCGGCUUCUUGAGUAGCGCUACGCAUGAACAAAGCCAUAUCCUUCCUCCACGGUGAGACUCGAGAGGGAAAGUAGUCCACCCAUUCCUGCUGCGUCGUUCUAGGGCUAGAUCCCGGGCAUGAGCCUCUCCUCUCUGCCAUCUGGUCUCGCUCCUUCCUUUUUCCUAUUGCCGAGGCCCAGACAAUACCCAGCAGAUACGAGAAACACUCAGAGUACCUCAAAAGUGGCCCUUAAAAUGUCACUAAGGGGUAAGAACCUAAUGAUGUCCUGAUGUCAUCUGGAACACAGAAGUGGGCUUUGUUACUUGUUUAAAAGAAGCCAGGCUGGUCCUGGCAGGAAUGAUAAGCUUUGGUGAACCAGAACCCUGCCUCCUGCCCGGAGAUGCAGGAUUUAAAUCUAGCAUUCCUAUCACACUUUGUACUUGCAGAGAGGGGGUAAAGGGGGGGAAGACAGUACUGACAAGGCAGAAAGAAAUCUGAUGAAUGUAUAGCAAAUGUGGCCCUUGGAAAACAAAAUUGGGUGGUGCUUUACAGGAUUUAGUGACAGCCUUUGGGUCAGCAGCAGAGACACGGGACUGUAAAAGGUCUGGGAACCAACUCUUGGGCCUUGAACUGGACUUGAUAGCAAUGGAAGAAAGACUGCAGUCUUCCUCCUUGCAAUAAUCCUAAAGCAAUAAUGAUGGCCCCUCUUCUGUGAGACUUCCCAGGGAACUCUAAAUAAAAUCUCUGCUUGCUCCUCAGUGUCUGAAAUUGCA